AUGUCUAACAACUUGGAAGUGCGGCUUCACCCAAAUGGACACCCGUUCAUCUACAUUCCACAACUUCCUCCAGGACAACAAUCCAUUCCCCCAAUGCCACCUGUUCCACAGCUACCACAAGCGUCCCCUCUUACUCAACUCGCACCAAUUCCACAACAACAAGUCCCCUUGCCACCAAACCCGUUCGACCAAAUUCUCAACUCAACACUCUUCCCAUUUCCACCACCUCUUCCAGUUGGCAUGGGAACUGCUAGUUCAGUCAUGGAUGUUCUCAACGGACAAUUCCCGUUCUUCCCACCACUUUUCAACCCGUUCCUUCAAAUUAGUCCCCCUUUUUUGACUUUCCCGACAUGCCCGCCAACACCUGUUCCACUAAUGUCACUCCGUAUUCCAACGCCACCAAAGUUACGUGCACAUCCAUAUCUCAAGCCAAAAGAACGAGAAGACACGAACAUUAGAAGACCAAGACAAAGAAAUAACAGCCAUCGCGCAAACUAUAGAACCGACAAAACCAAUGUGCAAGUCGUCGAAGGGAGUCUUUCGUGGUUUUUUGAAGAAACGUUCUACUCUUUCCGCGAUUGGUGUAAGCCAUACGUCAGCACAACUACUCAUCAUGAUGAGAAAUACAAAGAUGCAUAG